AUGGCCUUCACGAUGCACUCCCACUCGGGCCAGUUCUGCCCCGGCCACGCGGCCGACCAGCUACAGGAUAUAAUCCAGCGCGCAAUCGCUCUGGGGUUCAACACAAUCGGCCUGUCCGAGCACAUGCCGCGAUACGAAGAGAGGGACCUCUACCCCGAAGAGUUGCCCGACGCCCAGGCGUCGCUCCAGGCGCUCCCCCCCCGCCACGAAGCCUACCUCGCGGAGGCGCAACGCCUACAGACCGAGUUUCGGCGCGAAAUCUCCGUCCUCAUCGGCUUCGAAGCCGAGUUCAUCCGCCCGUCGUACGCGCCCCUCGUGAGGAAUCUCGCCCUGGCCCCCUGCAUAGACUACUUCAUCGGCUCGGUGCACCACGUGCACUCCAUACCCAUCGACUAUGACGGCCCUUGCUUCCGGGCUGCCGUCGCCGCUGCGGGAGGCACGGAAGAGCGCCUGUACGAGGAUUACUACGAUUUGCAGCACGAGAUGCUUCUCGCGCUGAGGCCCCGCGUCGUAGGCCACUUCGACCUGGUGCGUCUCAAGAGCGAGCGUCCAGACCGGGACGUGCGCGGCUGGAGCGGCGUCUGGGCAAGGAUCACGCGCAACUUGCGGCUGGUGAGAGAGCAGGGCGGCUGGCUCGAAUGCAACACGGCCGCGUUGAGGAAGGGGCUGAGCGAGCCGUACCCCUGUAGGGUCAUUGCAGAGGAAUGGGUCAAGAUGAACGGCGCGUUUACAAUGUCCGACGAUAGCCACGGCGUCGCCCAGGUCGGCACGCACUACAUGCCGGCUUUGUCGUACCUCGAGAGCCUGGGCGUCGAGAAUCUGUGGACGCUGGAGCGCCAGCCUCACCACGGGUUGCAAAAGCCCGUCUUACUCGACAAGGCGGUUUCCAUAGACGAGUUUAGACGACACUUGAAGAUCAUAGAUGGCGACAAGAAUUGCGCGCGGUAUCAUGACAGCCGAGCCCAACCGGGAAAAAACCAACCGGAAGAAGAAAGAUGCAAAAAUAUACAGGAUAAAUAA